AGUCCUCCGGAGCGCAGCGCGCUCUCCUCACGGUGCGUAAAGAGAGCUGUGCCACACAAUGCGCCGAGAGCACUUUUUCACAUGUUCACCAGCGAGGCUUCUAUUGUUCCUCGUAGAAAGGAAUCAGCUCAGGUGACUGGAUAUGAUCUAUUUUUAACAUCCAACUCACCAAACAGUCAGACAGAUGCCCGGAAGAUGGACCCGCUGUACAACGCCACCGAUUGUAACGGGACGACCGUCUCCGUUAACUGCAGCGACGGCUUCAACCAGUUCGUCCAGCCGGUGUGGCAGAUCACGCUGUGGGCUGUCGCUUAUUGCAGCAUGGUCGCGGUGUCUGUGGUCGGUAACAUGGUGGUUAUCUGGAUUAUUCUGGCGCACAAAUGCAUGAGGACCGUCACCAAUUACUUUCUGGUCAACCUGGCCUUAGCUGAGGCUGCCAUGUCUGCGUUCAACACAGUGAUCAACUUUGUGUAUGCUGUUCACAACGAGUGGUACUUCGGUUUGGUUUACUGCCGCUUCCACAACUUCUUCCCCAUUGCAGCCAUAUUUGCCAGCAUUUACUCCAUGACGGCCAUCGCUCUGGACAGAUACAUGGCUAUCAUCCACCCCCUGCAGCAGAGGAUGUCUUCCACAGAGACCCGUGUGGUGAUUGGUGUGAUCUGGACCCUGGCUCUGCUUCUAGCCUUCCCUCAGUACUACUACUCAUCUACCGCCCUGCUGCCCGGACGCUCAGUCUGCUACAUAGACUGGCCUGAGUACUCCACUGUGGACUUCAGGAAGAUAUACUAUGUGUGCGUGACACUGCUCAUCUACUUCCUGCCCCUGUGCGUUAUGGGCUGCGCUUACACAACCGUAGGUGUCACCCUCUGGGCGAGUGAGAUUCCCGGAGACUCGUCCGAACACUACAAACAACAGCUCAUUGCCAAACGCAAGGUGGUGAAGAUGAUGAUCGUGGUGGUGUGUACGUUCGCUCUCUGCUGGCUGCCCUAUCACAUCUACUUCUUACUGCACCAGUUCUUCCCUGAGCUGUUCGAGCAGCGCUACAUCCAGCAGGUGUACCUGGCCGUCAUGUGGCUGGCCAUGAGCUCCACCAUGUACAACCCGAUCAUCUACUACUGCCUCAACAGCAGGUUUAGAGCAGGCUUUCAGCAGGCGUUUUGCUGCUGCAACCCCACCAUCGUCAAGGACAAGCUAGAGCUCAAGUCACCCCGUUACCUGCAAACACAGGUGAGCAUAUACCGAGCCAGCAGGAUGGAGACCGUCGUCUCCGCUGCCGACCAUCCUGCAGCAGAGGAGCAGAAGAGGGCAGAGCUGCUCUGUGCCUCUCACACCCUGCCCCACUUGGGAGUCACAACCAAUGGCUCAGGCUCCGAGAUGUUGACCGCAAGUCCUCAUAGUCCCUCGCAGCAGAGCAGACACCUUGAAGAGUGA